GUUUAGUGAGUUGUUGAAGAAAUAACCCGAAAACAUGGCCGAGAACGAGUCCGGGGAUACUUCGGAGCGCUACGAGUUUGAUGCCCCGUCCCACGUCGUUGACUUCAAAGAACUAGUGAAUGCUGAAACCGACGACAAGUGGUUUGAAAUGCACGCUGCGGGAGAAAGUGAUCAUCUUAUCACACCUUCAAGACCGGACCAGCUGCAUCUGACAAGUGAUGAGCCUGAGCAGGCGAUGUUGCCUCAAACAAACACUGAUGGUGACUCUGGUCCCAGCAUAUCUGCAUCUCCACCUGCAAACAUUGUGACGUCCUGGGGUGCUAAACGUCAUACACAGAACGACGCCCAUUCAAAGCAAAGGCCAGAUAAUAAAGUCCCUGCACAGCCACGCAGAGUUUCAAAGCGUAAAGAGAUGACCAGUGGUCCAGCUGCACCACCAUCAAAGAAAUGCAAAGAGAGUGAGCAGCUGAUUUCCGGGCUGGGUCCCCGCAGGAGUGAGCGGCUGAAUUCAAAGAGAGAACAUCAUCACGCAGCAGUUUCCACCUCCACACUCACAGAGCCGAGCACCUCUGAGGAGCUGGAGCUGGAGCGCAUCAGGAACCUUCAGAAGGAAGUUGCUCUUCACCGGAAGAAGAAUGAGGCCAGCUACAAGGCUGCUCUAGCUGGGAAUCCACCACCGAAGAAGAUGUUCCUGUCUACAACUGUGCCGAAAGACUUCCACUUCAGUACAGAUACUCGUGUUAAGGCAUCGACUUCAUGCAACACAGAGAAGGAAGUGGACUUUGUCAGUCAGCUUCGCAAACCUUCCUCCCCAGCAAAGGCUCGGAAAGGUGCCACAGUGCCCAAACCUUUCAACUUGUCAACAGGCAACAAGAGAAAGGCGGAAGAGCCGAGCGCUUAUGUGCCCAUGGCCCAGCAGAUCGAGCAGUUCCAGAAGCGAACCCCCACCCGCUACCAUAUGCACAGUCGUAGAAGUCAAGAGAGAGGACCCGCCACAGCAAAGGGGAACCACCUGAAGCUCACUCAGCCUCACUCCCCACACCUGAUGACUCGUCAGAGGAGCCGACCGACUACUGUUAAGUGCACUGCUGAGCUGGAGGCUGAGGAGGCGGAAAAACUUGCAAACUUUAAAAUCAAGGCGCUGGAGCUGAACAGGAAGAUACUGGAGAGUGCAGAGGACCUAAAGAAGCCCGCAGUGAAGGAGCCCACCGUACCCGAAGGCUUCGAGCUGGAGAUUGAAAAAAGGCUCCAGGAGAGACAGGCUACAAAGAAGCCCCAGGAGGGUGACGAAAAGCCCCAGAACUUUAAAGCCAAUCCUCUGCCCAAAAAGGUUCUGGAAGGAGUUGUGGGACUGCCAGAAAAGAAAGUUGCAAAUCCGACUGUUCCCGAGUCUCCUGCCUUUGCCCUCAAGAAGAGGGUUCGAGUAGACCGCAAGGUCGAGGAGGUCAAGCAGCCGUCACCAGUUAAGGCCCCCCCAGUGCCUCACUUUGGCCUGCCCUUUCAGCCCCGGCUACCUGAGAACCACCGUGUGGAGGUCUGUCCUUUCUCCUUUGAGCAGAGGGAGCGUGAAAGAAAAGCCUUGAGAGAGAAAAAGUUGGAGGAAAAGCGAAACGAAGAGAUUCCACAGUUUAAGGCCCAGCCGCUGCCUGACUUUGACAGUGUGGUCCUGCCAGAGAAGAAGAAGCUGGAGCCUACCAAGCCAGAGCCUUUUAGGCUGCUUCUGGAUGAACGGGGAGCUGUGAAGAACAGCCGCUGGGAGCAGAUGGUGAAAGAAGAACAGAAACAUCAAGAGGAAGCAGCAAUAUUUAAAGCUCGGCCCAACACGGUCAUUCACAAGGAGCCUUUCAGGCCCAAGAAAGAGCCCCGGCCUGCAGUGGGCAAUAAUUCUUCCAUAGUUGUAGAGGCCUUUGAACUGGCAACAGAGCGGCGUGCCCGAGAGUGGCAGGAGUACGAGCGAGUGACCAGUGAGAAGGAGGCUCUGCGGGCACACAUGGAGGCAGAGCAGAGACGAGAAGAAGAGCAGAGACAGAAGGAGGAGAUUGCCCGGCUGCGACAAGAGCAGGUGCACAAAGCUCAGCCCAUCAGACACUACAAACCUGUAGCUGUGAAGAAGAGCGAAGUUCCUCUUACAGUCCCGGAGUCUCCAAACUUCUCUGAUCGCUUCCGCUUGUGACCACUUUUGUUGUGAAAUGUAACGUUACCACAGAAAUCUCUGACCUGAAAUGUUUUUACAUUGCUUUUAUGUUUUUCUUUUUUCCAUGUUUAGCUUUGUAUUUUAACUACCUGAUGUACACUUAUUAAUGUCACUGUUUUAAAUUACAGAAUAAAAUGUCAUCUACACCCACCAAUA